CUCCAGCCGGCAGAGGUCCCGCGGCCUCCUGACUGACUGACUGACUGACUGGCGGGCCGACUGUCUGCGGCCGCCUCGGGCCGGGACGCUGGGAGCUGCCUGUGUGCGGGCGGCGCGCUGAGCGGAGCCAUGGCCUCAGGUGGAUAUAACCCCUAUAUAGAGAUAAUUGAGCAACCCAGACAGAGGGGAAUGCGUUUCAGAUACAAAUGUGAAGGACGAUCAGCAGGCAGCAUUCCAGGGGAGCACAGCACAGACAACAACCGAACAUACCCAUCUAUCCAGAUUAUCAACUAUUAUGGAAAAGGAAAAGUGAGAAUUACAUUAGUUACAAAAAAUGACCCAUAUAAGCCACAUCCUCAUGAUUUAGUUGGAAAAGACUGCAGAGAUGGUUACUAUGAAGCAGAAUUUGGACAAGAACGUAGACCUUUGUUUUUUCAAAAUUUGGGUAUUCGAUGUGUAAAGAAAAAAGAAGUAAAAGAAGCUAUUAUUUCAAGAAUAAGCGCAGGAAUCAAUCCCUUCAAUGUCCCUGAACAACAGCUGCUUGAUAUUGAAGAUUGUGACCUCAAUGUGGUGAGACUGUGUUUCCAAGUUUUCCUCCCUGAUGAACAUGGUAAUUUGACAACUGCUCUCCCUCCUGUUGUAUCUAACCCAAUUUAUGAUAAUCGUGCUCCAAAUACCGCAGAAUUAAGGAUUUGUCGUGUAAACAAGAACUGCGGAAGUGUAAGAGGAGGAGAUGAAAUAUUUCUACUUUGUGACAAAGUUCAAAAAGAUGACAUAGAAGUUCGUUUUGUAUUGAAUGAUUGGGAAGCAAAAGGCAUCUUUUCACAAGCUGAUGUACACCGUCAAGUAGCCAUUGUUUUCAAAACUCCACCAUAUUGCAAAGCUAUCACAGAACCAGUAACGGUAAAAAUGCAGCUUCGGAGACCUUCUGACCAGGAAGUUAGUGAAUCUAUGGAUUUCAGAUAUCUGCCAGAUGAAAAAGAUACUUAUGGCAAUAAAUCAAAGAAACAAAAAACUACUUUACUUUUCCAGAAACUGUGGCAGGACUGCGUUAAUUUUCCUGAGAGAUCAAGACCAGGUUUCCGAGGACCAGGAGAAGGAAGAUUCAUCAAAAAAGAAUCAAACUUCUUUCCUCAUGGUGCAGUUCGGACAGAAACAGGGGUUUCCAGUCAAGCGGAAUCCUACUAUUCCUCACCUGUGUCCAUCUCCAGUGGAUUUUCACACCAUGCUUCAGCCAUAUCCUCAAUGGUACCUCAGUCUUCUUCAAGCUGGUCAUCAAUGGCCCACUCCACCUCACGCUCAGUCAAUUCAAAUCCACUCAGUAGUUUUUCAACAGGAAUGCUUUCUUCUAAUUCACAGGGUAUCCCACCAUUCCUGGAAAUAGCUCCUGGGAAUGAUUUAAAUGCUUCUGAUGCUUGCAUUUAUAACAGUACUGAUGAAAUAAGCAGAAUGGAAGCAUCACCCAUAUCAUCAGCUGACUUAUAUGGUAUUUCUGAUGCCAACAUACUGCCUAACUGUCCUGUGAAUAUGAUGACAACCACCGGUGACAGCAUAGGGGAAACUGAUAAUCCAAGACUUCUGAGCAUGAAUCUGGAAAACCCCUCAUGUAAUUCAUUGUUAGAUCCAAGAGACUUGAGAGAGCUUCAUCAGAUCUCCUCCUCCAGUUUGUCAGCAGGCACCAGUUCCAAUUCUUCUGUUUUUGUUUCACAACCAGAGGCAUUUGAGCGAUCUGACUUUAACUGUACAGAUAACAAUAUGAUAAAUGAGUCUGGACCAUCAAACAGUACUAAUCCAAACAGUCAUAAUUUUGUUCAGAAUAGUCAGUAUUCAGGUAUUGGCACUAUGCAAAAUGAGCAACUGAAUGACUCCUUUGCGUAUGGGUUUUUUCAAGUAUAAUUUGCAAGGUUUAAAUGUUUGUAGUUAUUUUGAUACUGCCUUUAGAGAUGCAACAUUUUCUGUCUAAGAAUAUAAUACAGAACUAGGUUUUUGUUUUGUUUUAUUUGUUGAGGGAUGAUAGUCCAAAAACUUGUCUUUCAGGGAAGAAGUGCAAAACUUUGGGUACAAAGAAUAUAAAACUGGAAACUGUCAUAAAGGGAAAAUUCAGAAGUAGAAAACUUAAGGGCUUUACUGUUUCUUCUAUUUAAUGAUACAGCCUGAUACCAUGUGUGAUGUGAAUUCUUUAGAGUCAUACCACAUUGCCCCAGGACAAACAGGAGAAUGUUAAAGCAAGGUUCCAGUUUUUCCAAGUGUGCUUUUUUAUUUUUUUAUAAUGUAUUAAUGUAUUCUUAGUUAAAUGAGUUAACUGAUAAUUUGCUGUCAAGCAAAUUUAAGGUAAAACCUGUAAUGGCUAUGUCAUUGGAAAAAUUAAUUCCUUGUUUUUGAGGCCCUUGGGCCAAGGUGACCCCUAAGGGGUUUUCUGUGGCUUCUUGGAAUUUCGUAGAUUUUUAUGUCAAAAGUUCCUUCAGAUGUUAAGUUGGGCAGAGGGCAGUUGAAGUGAGCUUUUGAGGUAUGGGAGAUUUUCUACAUUUUAUACUAUUUAAAUCCAUACCUUUAAAGUUCCAUAUGAGUUUAGUUUUAUAUCCAUAAUAUUAAGGAAAGAAGUUUCUUUGAAUCUCUUUCCCUGUGAUCUCAAAACUGCCUAUUUGACAUCUCUAUCUAGAAAUAGAAUAAAAACUCAAACUCAAGAUAUGCAAACCUAAAUUCUUGAACUUCCCUCCCAAACCUGCUUUGCCUUCAGUCUUCCCCAACUCAGUAAAUGGCAAUGCCAUGCCUCUAAUCGCUCAGGCUUGGAGUCUUCCUUGAUUCUUUGUUUUUAUCUCCCAAUCCAGAAAAUCCAGUAGGCCUUACCUUCGUGAUGUUUCUAAAACACAGCACCUCUUUGGACUUCCACUAUUAACACCCUAAUCUAAGCCACUGUCAUCUCUGGCCUGGACUGAAACUAUAGCUUCCAAAACCCCUCCUUACAUCCUUGCACCCCAACAGUCUGUUCCCCAUAUAGUAGCCAAAGUGAUCAUUUUACAUACAAGUCAAUCAUGUCAUUUGUCUGCCCCAACCAUUCACUGUUUCUUCAGCAUAUUCUGAGUAAAAUUCAUAAUCCUUAAAAUUACCAGGCUUAGACUGAGGAGCUACCACCUUUCAGCUACAGACAUUCUGACCUCAGUGUUGCUCCUAAAAAGCACAAAAUAUGUUCCUGCCCCAGAGUCUCUGUUCUUGGUAUUUCCUCUGUCUUGGAAUACUCUUCUCCUGGAUGAAUAGCUCAUCCCCUACAUUCUUCAGGUCUCACUUUUGUGUUAUCUGGUUAAGGUUCUCUUUGCGUAUAUAUCAGCAUUGGCCUCUCCCCCUGCCCUUAUAUAGGUCCAUUUUACUUAUCAUUAUCUGACUUUACUAAGCAUUUAUUUGUUACUGUUUGUUUUCCUCUGUUGGAAUAUAAGCUCCAUGAGGGCGGAAUUUCUUUGUGUUUUUUUUAUUCUUGAACCUCCAGUUCAUUGAACAGUGUCUGCCUCAUAUUAAGCACUUGGCAAAUAUUUAUUGAACAUUCAAAGUAUUGCUAUUAGAACUUUGAUUUUUGAAAGAAAGAAUAGUUUUACUGAUUCAAUGUUCAUGAUUUUUUACAUCUUGUCUAUUAUGAUGUUGAGUUUAUAUUAGAAUUAUAUACACUGAAGUCCAGGAUUGAUAAUGAUAAUCCAUUAUUCAAAUUGUUUGAAAGCAAAACAAUCACAGUGGUAAAAUGGUGGUAGAAUUUGGGCAAUAAUAAUAAUCUCAAUUGUAAUGAACUGUCAUAUGUUUAGUGACUAACUUAUUAAAGACCUGGUUUGUCUUAGAACUAGAACCUACCCUGAAGAUUGAGCAUAUUCAUAACUAGAAACAGUUUGUCAUUUCCAAUGUCCAACCAAACUAUAAAUCUACAUAAAGUGGUUAAUUUGUUUGAAAUGGGGUAUGUGUGAAUGCCAUAUAGGUAAGAAUUUUGAGUUGAAGGAUACUGGAUAGUAAGAAGGGAGAGCAAGAUACUAAUUAGAAAACAAAAGAAAAAUAUUAAAGACUGCUAACUACUGUUAGUGUUUCUCCAAGUAUUCGUUCAAAAGGAAAUCUUUCUAUCAUGUAAAUUCUAAAAAUCAUAAGCAUAUAACAUACUUUUAGUAGAUAUUACUAGGGAAAAAGAAAAACUUGAAGGCACCAUUUCUUUUCUGUUAAAAAUAUGAGCUUAGGAUAUCUCCAGAUGGUGAUUGAUAGGUGGUAAGUUUAUUUUAAAUACAAAAUUUUAUAAUUUUGUAUUAAUUAGCACUGAUCAGUUUAAAACCACACUGUUAGAAUAGCUAAUUGUAUUUUUAAAAGUAAAUAAGUAUUGACUUGUUUUGCAGCUUUUUCCUUUGUAAGCUAAGUUACUGGAAUAUCCAUGUUUAAAGGAUUUCCAAUGGAUCUUUCAUUUUUAGGUGCUAUUUACUAAUCACAGAACUUAUUUUAUAAUUUAAAAUAAAUUUGCAUGAUUUUGCUCUGUAUCUUACACUUGUUUUUUCCACUUUCACCUGUUUUUACAACACUGCACUUUUAGUUCAAGGAAAAGGUGUCCUUCCUUUCUAACUCCACUUGUGCCCUGAAGCCUUCCUCCACUCUCUCCCAUCUUGUUUCCUGUGUCCUCAUAUCAUUAUUCUUCCUCUGUGUGAAUGUAAUAAAUGUCUUCCUUCUGUAGCCCAGAAAAACUAAGAACACAUUUUCCUGCCACCCUCAUGCUCUUUCUCUUCACAUCCUGACUUUUAGAAUCUUUCAGCCUCCAUUUCCUCCCUUCCCAGGCAUUCCUUAGCCUAUUGCUCCCUGUCUUUAGCUCUCUACUGUUUUCUUAGACUAUCCUAGGAAAGGUGACCAGAGAUUAUCCACUGCUUCCCUGACUCUUGUGAAAUCUGGUAUCUUUUUAUCAGUCUUAAUUCACCCUACUUGACCUGCCCAAAGCCAUCUAGCCCUGUCGACCACCCCUUCUUUGGAUAGACCUCUCAGAGGAUGCUUUCUUUCCUGGAGUGUCAACCCCAGCUCUCACUUGGUACUAUUUUCCCCUGUGUUAUCUCAUCAGUGCCCACUGCUUCAACUUUCUCUCAUGGUACCUAGAUGUCCUUAUAAACUGGCUUUUCCUCUUGGAUUUUUUACAUUCCUUAAGCAUUACCACUUACCCUGCCAUUUAAGAUACUUAAAUAGCCCUGCCUGUAAAAAAAAAAAAAACUUAAUAGGAAUCUCAAAAUCUUGUUUUAUUCUUUACUCUUUCACACUCCUUCAUAUUCCAGUCUUUUUGAGUCUGCUUCCUAAAAAUCCUUGUUAUUUGUCCCCUCUUCAUUUCUGCCACUGUUAGUAAAGGCUCUCAUUGUUUUUACAAAACAAGAAUCUUCUCUAUAGUUUAACUAACUCAUCCUCUUAAACCUUUUUACAUGGUUAGCAUUCUUUGAAAAAAACAUUUUCUGGGGUCGGCAUUGUGGCAUAGUGGGUUAAGCCACCAUCCAUGCUGCCAGCAUCCCAUAUGGGUGCCACUUCCUUCGUGUCCCAGCUGCUGCACUUCCAAUCCAGCUCCCUGCUAAUGUGCCUGGGAAGGCAGUGGAAGAUGCCCAAGUACUUGGGCCCCCUGCCACCAGUGUGGGAGGCCUGGUCUUGCUCUGGCUGUUGCUGCCAUUUGGGGAGUGACCUGUAAGAUGGAAGACCUAUUUCUCUCUCUCUCUCUCUCUCUAUCCUCCCUCCCUCCCUCCCUCCCUCCCUCUCCCUUUCCCC